AUGGUUGAUAGCGAAGCGAACUCUCCCACGUGGAAGUUCACGCAGUGCUUUGGUGACAAGGGCGAUGUUGAAGACAUCACCGAAGCUGAUAUCAUCUCGACGGUUGAGUUCGACCAUACCGGAAAUUAUCUCGCUACGGGCGACAAGGGAGGUAGAGUGGUGCUCUUCGAACGCAACGAGACGAAAAAAACCUGCGAGUACAAAUUCCACACCGAGUUUCAGUCGCACGAACCCGAAUUCGACUACUUGAAGUCCCUAGAGAUUGAAGAGAAGAUCAACAAGAUUAAGUGGUGUCGGCGACAAAAUGCUUCCCACUACUUGCUGUCCACCAACGACAAGACAAUCAAGCUGUGGAAAGUCUUUGAGAAGUCGCUCAAGGUUGUAGCCGAGAACAACCUCUCUCACGAUGUCACGCCUGGUAGUCUGGCGGGAGGAGGCGGCGCUCCCAGGCCGCUUCCUGCCCACCGGUUCAGGGAUGCUGCCGACCUCAAGCUUCCUCGCCUCACACAUCACGAUACGGUUGUUGCCGCCGUGCCACGCCGAACAUACGCCAACGCACACGCCUACCACAUCAACAGCAUCUCGGUGAACAGCGAUGGAGAGACCUUCAUCAGCAGCGAUGAUUUACGUAUCAACCUGUGGAAUCUUAACAUCCAGGAACAGAGCUUCAACAUUGUUGAUAUCAAGCCUGCAAACAUGGAGGAGCUCACUGAAGUCAUCACGGCUGCCGAGUUUCACCCCAUGAGUUGCAACUGGUUCAUGUAUGCUAGCUCAAAGGGCACCAUCAAGCUCGCCGACAUGCGGCAGAGUGCUCUGUGCGACCAGCACGCGAAGUUAUUCGAGCAAGAGGAAGACCCUUCAUCACGCUCAUUCUUCUCCGAAAUCAUCUCUUCCAUCUCCGAUGUGCGAUUCUCGUAUGAUGGCCGAUACAUCCUGUCCCGCGACUACCUCACUGUCAAGAUCUGGGAUAUCAACAUGGAGCGGCAGCCAGUGAAGACGAUACCGAUUCACGAGCAUCUUCGCCCACGGUUGUGUGACACCUACGAGAAUGACAGCAUAUUCGACAAGUUCGAGGUGGUCUUCUCAGGAGAUGCUAAGAAUGUCAUGACGGGCAGUUACAACAAUAACUUCAUGAUCUAUCCUUCAGACCCUGACAAGGAAGUCGAGGUUGUUCUCCAGGCGGAUAAGUCGGCUUUCAAGGCUAAGAAGGUUGGAGUGCCUACACCCAUCAAUUCGUCGACAAGCCCGACUGCGACCAACGGCAAGAAGGGCGGAUCCAGGGCGGGUAGCCCAGGCGGUCAAGGUCAGCGGAUGCGUAAGGAGACAGACGCGGACCAGAUCGAUUUCAACAAGAAGAUUCUGCACAUGAGCUGGCAUCCGUUUGAGGACAGUAUUGCGAUUGCAGCUACGAACAAUCUCUUUGUCUUCUCGGCACUCUAGACCAUGGCAGCGGCGUUCAUCUCGCAAGGGCAAUUAAGUGAGGAAGUUGGCGUGGCGGGGGAGCGGAAGACAAAGCAAUAAGGAUAUGGGCGCCUCCGCCACCUUCGUGAUGGGACUGACCUAGUUCUGCUUGGGCACGACAUGGCAUCUCGUCGAUUCAGAGCAGGGUGAUACGGAUCAAUGCAGCCUACUAUACUUAGAAGCUAAAGCACAGCGCCAGCACUGCUUGGAGCAAAGCCACGCGCAAAGAACGCUGAAGAGGCCCCUUGGAUGUGGCCCUAAAGCGGAGGAUGCAGAGAUGUAGGCAAAGGAACCUACUGAGAGCAUGGCAUGGGGCAGAUGGACGUGGGAAGAGCCACUUGGGAUGGAGGUGAACGAAUGCAUGGGUGCAUGGGUCGGCGUUUGGUCGCCAGGUGUAGCAGAAAGCGCAAAGAGAUCAUUUGAGAAUCAAAGAAAUGCCACUCAAAGUUGAAAUAG